UCGACUAUCCCCGAAAAGAAAAAAGAAAACCCUCAAAUCGCCUCCGACGCCAGGCCACGCCUCCGCCGCCGCCGCCGCCUCCGCCGCCGCCGCCAACUACUCCUGAAGGCAACUACCACCAGAUCUACUCGCUCCUGCAACCUUCGCCUCAAGGAUGUCUACCGGAACCCCAUUGUUUGUGGCGUCUGUUAUGCUGGUGUGUGUAGCGUUUUGGGGGUAUGUUAUGCAGCUGUAUGUGAUCCCGAAGGUAAUUUUGGGAUUUCUGAUGCCGCUCCUGCAGGAUCGCGGCUCAAGCUCAACCUACCGGGUCCGGUUCCUCAUGGAGUACAUCAUAGUACUAUACAUCCUAUUCAUACUUGACGCAAUCACAGGCGUACUGUUCUUGAGGAUUCCAUUGUACUACGAACUUGAGCUUGCCUUCAUCAUGUACCUAUGGCACCCCAGGACUCAGGGGGCUACCAUUGUGCUCAACAUGAUCCUCCUACCACUGGUAAUGGUCAAGUUCUUCACAGCGAGAGUUCAUGAUCUGCUCCUCACUUGUAUACGGCUCCGGUCGGAGGCAGCUCGUACCCGUGCUCAUGCCCGUGAGAUGAGGCUGCAGAAGCUCCGGUUGGAAACUCGCCAUUUGUGGGGAAUGGAGACUUGUCUUAACAAGGUGCAUGACUUUUUGGAGAGCAGGCUAGCCCAUGAUAACUUGCUAGGGAUCUGGGGCGUGAGUGGAGUGGGUAAAUCUUCCCUUCUCAUGCAGCUGCGACAGUCUUACCGAAUCUUUGCUGUUUUCCACCAUGUGCUCUAUUUUGGGUUUGGCAGCAGAUCCACCGUGACGGAUGUGCAGCUUGCAUUGGGCGUAUGUUUGGGCUACAACUACGAAAUGAUGUCAUUGAUGGAUGAGAAGAGCCGGGCCCGCGUUAUCCAUCACAGUUUGUCAAACACCAGCUUCCUCCUGUUGCUAGAUGAGCUGGAGGCGCCUGUUGAUCUGGCGGCGGUUGGCCUGCGGAUGCCACUUGGGAAGUACCGGCACCAGAAGGUCAUCAUUGCGACGGGGAGCAAGGAUGUCUGUGCCCUCAUGGGUUGUGCUGCUGAUAACAUCAUCGAAAUAGGGUGUUUGGGGGAAGAUGAUGCCUGGAGCCUCUUUAAAAACAGAGUUGGGGAUGCAAUCAUUGAUGACCCUCGGAUUCAGCCGCUGGCCAAAGAGAUGGCUCAAGCCUGUGGAGGAUUGCCGAUAGCACUACGCACGUUUGCUGGGGCAAUGUCUGCGAUACAAGUGUCCUUGCCUAGUAAAUCGCAGUUCUGUAAAAUAAUUGUCCUUGCCUAGUAAAAGUGUGUUUGAAUGUCCAACCACCUACAUCUGUGAGCAUGCUGUUGGAAUGGUUGAUGGACUAUGUAAGAUAAAUAAUUCUAACAGCCCCAACUUUCCUUCUGAGCAAAAUGGCAGCUGAUGAAAACUGGCUAUCACUGAAUUGUAUAGCUCCACCUGCAAGAAGUUCCUGCAAUUGGCAUACAAAUUCUUAUUUCAGCUUA